GAGGACGAGGAGGAGGAGGGCCCCAGCCAGGAGGCGGCAAGGUGCGAGGCAGAGCGGCGGGAGGCCGUCUAAGGGAGUUGAGGGGCUCCUUCCUGCUCGGGAUCGCGCGGGCAGAGAAGGCGGCGGCGGAAGAGGAGGAGGAGGAGGAGGAGGAAGAAGAAGACGGGGAGGCCCCUGCCCCGGGGAAGUCGGGGGGGCUGCUGUCCGGCCCACCCUCCCUCCCUCCCCUCCUGGGUCUCCGAGGGUCUCCGGGAGGCAGCCGGAGGGGGCGGGCGAGGGAGCCAUGCAAACGGCCACCGCCUCCAUCCUCGACGUUUCCCGGACGGUGGUGAUCCGCGAGGAGGGCAACCCCGCUCGGAAUAACUACACAGGACAAUGCAACCAGAUAUUUGCACCUCACCUUGGCAUGUCCGAAAUCAUCCAUGGCAAUGGCACCACCGUGGGCACAGUCAUUACAUUCCGGUGUUCUGCAGAACACCAGCUAGUUGGACAAGGAGUCGUCACAUGCAUUUGGAAAGGCAAUAGCACCCAGUGGACAGCAGACAUCCCUUCAUGUAAGCCUAUAUCCAAAUAUGAAACCUUUGGGUUUAAAGUUGCAGUGAUCGCCUCCAUUGUGAGCUGUGCUAUUAUUCUGCUGAUGUCUAUGGCUUUUUUAACCUGCUGUCUCAUCAAAUGUGUUAAGAAAAGUGAGAGAAGGAGAGCUCAAAGGGAUAUGCAACUGUGGUACCAGCUCAGAAGUGAAGAACUGGAAAGCAUGCAAGCAGCUUAUUUUGGUUAUAAAGGAAGAAAUAACAACAACAAUAAAAAUAUCAAGAAUAAGGCAGCAUUUGAUGUUGGCAGUCAUAUCGCAUAUGAUAACCAAGGCUUCUGCAGCUUCCAUGAAGAAUGCAGUGGAGACAUUACAGGGACUGAGUGUUAUGGAGAAAAUUAUUUACAAAGGAAUUCAGCCAAAACCAUUGGUGCACUUGGUCAUCAGUUAGUACCAGGACAAAGUAUUGCCUUGCAUACCAUCAGUACUAUACAUGUUGUAGAGGUCUAUGGUCAUGAAAAAGAUGCUCUUGGGACACAGGACGCUCAUUUACCUGGAUAUGGGGCCCCAGAUGUGCAAUGAAGGAUUUGCUGAACCAAAGCAGAUGCGAACACAGAUAUGUGCUGAAUGUGCCUUAAAGACUGCAUAGAAAUAAAUCACUGGAUUAUUCCUAUGUAUUGGUUAGAGUGAAUGUCAGAAUCUUUGCAGAAUGAACAGAAUUAUUUGAAAAUAAAUUCUGAUCAGCUUUGAAUAAAACAAUGUGUCUUGCUACUUAAAAGGAAGUUGCCAUUUUUGCAAUUUGAAUUUCAUUUUUUUAAAAGUGAUCCCAUCAAAGAAAUAAUGGCAAACUCUUCUGGAUAUGUUUCUAUGUAUCACUUCUUAAUUGUUUGUACUUUUGCUGCAGGUGAAGUCCCUACGAACAAGGACAAAAGCACAUGACUGCAAACUUCUUUUUAUCUUCUGUUUUUAAAAAAACAUGCCAGGAAGAUAUAAAAUGUAUUUUUGCACAACAAUAUGAAGGAAUUACAAUAAACAUGUUUUUUUUAAAAAAAAUUAA